CAAGAUGUCAUCUAUCAAGAUGGCGUUGCUUUUGAUGUCGAUUUGAUGACGGAUGUUCGAUCAAAACAAAGCCAAGUGUAAUGACGACGAAUGUUUUUUUUGAGAGAAUUUUUCGAAGAGUUUUUGAAGUGAUGAAUAUUUGAUUCGCAAAAGAUGGCCUCCGUCAAAGUAGCCGUCAGGGUUAGGCCAUUUAACCAAAGGGAACUGGACAUGGGGGCCCAGUUGAUAAUACAAAUGAAAGGAAAGACUACAGGAAUCCUCAAUUGCAAGGCUAAUACAAGGGAUGAAAGUAUCAGGUACAAGGAGUUCACAUUUGAUUACUCUUAUUGGUCCCAUGAUGAAAAGUCUGAGAACUAUGCAUCCCAGGAAAGAGUGUACAAUGAUUUGGGAAAAGAAGUGGUUGACUGUGCCUUUGAAGGAUACAAUGCUUGUGUGUUUGCAUAUGGACAAACUGGUAGUGGUAAAACUUUCACUAUGAUGGGGGCUAUGGAUAAUCAAGGGCUGAUUCCAAGAAUAUGCAAAGCCCUUUUCGAUAGGAUGGCAGAUAAUUCGAAAAGAGGCACAACGCAUAGAGUACAAGUUAGCUAUUUAGAAAUUUACCAGGAACGAGUGGCUGACUUACUACGUGGUCGUGAUACAACCUCAUUAAAAGUUCGCGAGCACCCAAAAAAAGGGCCGUAUGUUCAGGGAUUGACCACGUGCCUGGUUGCUAACUACAGCCAUAUUCAAGAGUGCAUGGAGAGGGGAAAUGCGAAUAGAACGACUGCUGCGACAAAUAUGAAUGAUGUUAGUAGCAGAAGUCACGCUAUUUUUACAAUAACAUUUGUACAGGCUGGCUACUGCGAUGGAGUACCCAGUGAAACUGUCUCCAAGAUCCACUUAGUGGACUUGGCGGGCAGUGAAAGGGCAGACUCGACAGGGGCGACAGGUCAGAGAUUGAAAGAAGGUGCCCACAUAAACAAAAUCGUUGGUAACAUUGGGCUCCGUAAUAUCGGCCUUAGCGGAGCUGUCCAGCGAACAGAAAGGCGAAAAGAGCGAAAAGAAAACUUUUUAUACCGUACAGAGACUCGGUGUUGACGUGGCUGCUCAAAGACAGUCUAGGUGGUAAUUCAAAAACUAUUAUGAUUGCUGCUAUCAGUCCGGCGGAUUGCAAUUAUGGAGAGACUUUGAGCACGUUGAGGUAUGCUAAUCGGGCUAAAAACAUAAUCAAUCAGCCUACAGUCAACGAGGAUCCAAACGUGAAAUUGAUCAGAGAACUCAGAGACGAGAUCAGCAAACUGAGAGCGCUGAUGUUCUGCGAGCAAAGGUCAGACAUGUUGGCGCAGUUACAUGAAAAAGAAGCUCGUGAAA